AUGUCGAGUGAAAUCACGCCGGCGAAGCAAUCCGCUUCGGCGGAUAACGAGAAAAGCACGACUAAUACCGAGAAGAGCGUUGUUGAUGCCGAUAUUCAGCAACAUGGUGUCGCACCAACUCCAACCGAGGCUAUUCGUAAGCUUUGGACCAAGUCCCCUCUCAUGGUCGCUUUUGGCGGUCUAUUUGUCAUGAACUUCUGCAUGGUUUUCGCUGCUUCUUCCGCCGGCGUUUACGAUCCCUACGCUACAAGUCAUUUCCAGGGCCAUUCGCUCAUCGCAACGGCCAACAUCAUCCACGGAAUUGUCCGCAUUGUUGGGUACCCGCUUAUGGCAAAAGUCGCGGAUCAUGUAGGACGACCCCAAGGAUUCGCCGGUGCGGCAAUUAGCAUGGCUUUAGGAAACGUUCUCUACGCUGCCUGCCGUAACGUAGAGACAUACUUGGCCGGAGGCAUUUUCGAGUCGUUCGGAGAUACCUGGUGGACUAUAACCGAACAGAUCUUCAUCGCUGAAGUAACAUCUCUCAUCAACCGUGGUUUCCUCUUUACGCUCCCAGAGUCGCUAGCAGCUAUUCCGACUUUAUACGCCGGCACAUACCUCGGUGAGCACAUGCUGCUCAAUUCCUCAUGGCGCUGGGGUUUUGGCAUGUGGGCUGCCAUAAUGCCUUUCUGUGCCUUGCCCACCAUUGCCAUCAUGAUCUUCAUGAAGAUGAGAGCUAGGAAGAAGGGAAUUGAGCAGAAGCGCACCUCACUACGAGCUGCUUCCGAGAUUCCCGAGGGUGCUUCGCUGCUGGUACAGAUCAAGCAAGUCCUCUAUGUACAGCUGGAUAUGGUUGGUGCGUUUCUGUUGCUUGGUGGUCUUGCUAUGACACUUCUUCCUUUGUCUAUCACAGGUAGGAGAAACACAGAGAGAUGGUCUGAGCCUUCUUCAAUUGUGCUUCUGGUUGUCGGAGUCUUGACAUUUGUUGUCUUCCUGAUCUGGGAUGGCCGAUAUGCUAAGAAGCCUAUCGUUCCGUUCCGGAUGAUCAAGAAUCGCAAUGUCAUUCUCGCCUGUGCUUCGGUGUGCUUGAUUGCCAUGUCCGACUCGACAUACCGAACUUUCGCACCAAGUUUCCUACAGGUUGCUGGUGGAUAUUCACCCGGCCAUGCCGUGAGAAUUGAUAACGCCCGAAGAGUCGCUCUCAACCUCGGUGGCCUCGUGAUUGGUCUCGCUAUCCGAUUUGUAAAACAUACCAAGCCUUUCAUCAUACUGGGCUUCAUCAUGGUUGCUCUCGCAAACGGUCUGCCAAUCUACUUUACUAACAUCGAGGGGUCCCGCGUUGCCAACGAAGCUGCCUUGACUACAGGUCAAACCCUUCUUGGUCUCGGUCGUGGUUUUGCUCAAGUGCCGCUUCAAGUUGCGCUGCAAGCUGCAGUUCCCGAUCAUGAGAUUGGUAUCGCGACGGCAAUGUUUCUUUCAUCUUCUGGAUUUGGUGCCGAUGUUGGCAACAGUAUUGGAGGUGCUCUCUGGAACACUCUUCUGCCUCGAAGACUCCAAGCAAAUUUACCUGAAGCCGCCAAGGCUAACUCGACUGCCAUCUUCCGGUCCAUUGUGGUCGCUCAAGCCUACGAACCCGGUUCCGAGAUCAGAGACGCUAUCAACCUGAGCUACCGCACAACCCAACAGACACUGGCCAUUGGCUCAUUAUCGCUUUCUAUUCCUCUUCUUCUAAUGAUGCUUUUCUUCAAGAAUGUUGAGCUGGAGACUGAGGAUAAGGAGAAGGAUAGAAUUGCCGAGGAGCAACUGGCUGCUGCUGGCCAUACUGGCCAGACAGUUGACAAUUCCCUGACUAAGUCCAACGAGAAAUAG